AUGAAUCAACCAUUAGCAUAUGUUCAUCCUGGCGCGAAAAUCGCUAAAAAUGUUGUAAUUGAGCCUUUUACAACAAUUCACAAUAAUGUCAUUAUUGGUGAUGGUACGUGGAUUGGUUCAAAUGUAACCAUCAUGGAAGGUGCAAGAAUUGGAAAAAAUUGUAAUAUUUUUCCAGGAGCAGUAAUUUCUGCAGUGCCGCAAGAUUUAAAAUUUGGAGGAGAAGAUUCUUUAGCUAUUAUAGGAGAUAAUUGUACUAUUAGAGAGUGUGUAACAAUCAAUAGAGGUACAGUUGCUUCAGGACAAACAAUUUUAGGUAAUAACUGUUUGGUUAUGGCUUAUGCUCACAUUGCGCACGAUUGCGAGAUUGGUAAUAAUGCUAUUAUUGUAAACGGUGUUGCUUUGGCAGGUCACGUUGUGGUUGGUAAUCAUGCUGUAAUUGGCGGUUUGGCAGCUAUUCACCAAUUUAUUCAUAUUGGAGAUCAUGCUAUGAUUUCUGGUGGAUCAUUGGUAAGAAAAGACGUUCCUCCUUAUACAAAAGCAGCAAAAGAGCCAUUGUCGUACGUAGGAAUCAAUUCAGUUGGUUUAAGAAGAAGAGGUUUUACUACUGAGAAAAUCAGAGAAAUUCAGGAAAUUUACAGAAUUUUAUACCAAAAAAAUUACAAUACAACACAAGCUUUAAGUAUUAUUGAAGCUGAAAUGGAAGCCACUCCUGAGAGAGAUGAAAUUCUGGAUUUUAUCAGAAAUUCAUCAAGAGGAAUU